CUCUCUCUCUCUCUCUCUCUCUUUCUUUCUUUCUCUAUAGUGUUUAUCAACGAUACUUGUUUAUUUUAUUACGUGCCUCUCGCAACGUCAUUGGAACAAAUUUCUAAAUACAUAGAAGAAGAAGAAGAAGAAGAAGAAGAUAAAGAAGAAGGAAAACACACAGAGACACAGGCAUAUACACGCGCAGAAAAACACGCACGUGUGUGCAUGAGUUUGGAAAAUUUGUUUCGUUAAACCUCUCUCUCUCUCUCUCUCUCUUUUUCAUUCUACUGGUAUUUAAAUAAACGCAGUCUCGUGUUUAAUUUCGAAUUCGGGAUUUUGUUUUAAAAUCAAACUUGCCGAUAAGGAGGUUGGAUUUAACACAAGUACGAGUUAAUCAAGUUGGAUUGACAGUCAAAAUUUGAGAGAGCCCUCCACGAUAAGGAUCACAAAAGAAGUUGGUGUGUGUUGUCUGGUUUAGAUUUAUACUUUGAAUUUAUCCUAUCGACUAAUACAUAUUUAUUUUAUUUACACGUUUUUAAUAUUAACGAGAACAAAAAACAAAUUCAUUAUAAUAAUAAUCUAUCUAAUAUAUUAUUCGUGUUAAAUUGAAAAUUUAACUUCGAAAAAAGAGAAAAAAGAAACAAAACCGAAUAAUAAUAAUUUGUCGAAGACGAAUAUUAUUGGACUUCGUCGUGUGUGUCGUUGGUAGUGAAAUUUUUUUUAUAUCGAAUGAUUUUGACGUGAUAUCUGUCAUUAUUAUUCAUUUUUUCUUCGUCGUCGUCUCGUGAAAAAAAACAAAUCAUAAACGUAUAUUUGAACAUGCAACGAUAGAUAAAUAAAUAAAUAAUUAGACAGACAGCCAGCCAGAUAGAUAGAUAGAUAAAUAGAUAAAUAGAUGGAUAAAGUGUAAGAGAAAAGGAACAGUGUUUAACUCAUUGGGAAAGAGGGAAUCACGGGAAGAUCCCACGUAUUCGCUCGAUCAUUUUAAAGAGAGAUAGACAGUUAGACAGAACGAGAGACAAAACGAGAGUGAGUGAGAGAGAGAGUGAGAGAGUGUCGAGGCCACGUGGGUGUUAUCGGAGCGAAUUUGCCCCGAGAGGUCGGUUCGGUACGUGGGAGUGAUUACACGAACGAGUUCAUUCAUCGUGCGGAUUCCAGCGCGCCGGAAGUGACGACGACUUCCUCGGAGAGCUCCGACGUACGUCGUCUAACGAAACAGUGAACAAGAGAGAGAGAGAGAGAGAGAGAAUAGGGGGAUGGAUGGUGGAGAAGAGUGAAAGAAAAUUACGAAUUGUGCAUCAUCGUAGACGCUGCGACGACGUCUUUUGUGAAAAGUGUUGCUACGAAAAAAAUCAAGAAGAAGAAGAAGAAGUAAGAAGAAGUGGAAUAGGUUUUUAAGAAACGUCAAAAAAGUUUUGACAAGAAUAAAAGGAUAACGAAAGAAAGAAUAAAAAAUAAAUAAGAAUUAAGUAGAAGUGGGGUAGAAGAUUAUCGAGUAAAAGGAUAAUAAAGAAAGGGGAAAAAGAUGAAAAUGUUGAAGAUGGAACUAGAAAAAGUAGGGACACUCGUAACGAGACCUCAAUGUCCUCUCGAAUCUUUUCUAGCUCCUUGAACUAUUCUUUUCACGAGAUUCUUUACUACCAACAGAUCCGAUUCUCUUCACUUUUUUUUCCCCACUACCCCGCCCCCUUCACCCUCUCCGUUAGCCAUCCCUCAGACCACCCCUUUUCACCACCAUUCUUUACCAACCAUUAUUAUCUUCUUCUAUUAUUAUUUUUCUAUCUCGUGGUCUAACUUUAUUCUAUGUGACACAGAGUUUAUAUCUGGUAACGAGAAAAAAAAAAGUAGAAGAAAGUAAAAAGAGAAAAGGAAAUAAAAAAAAAAGUAGAAGAAUGAAAUUUAGUAUCUUUAAAUGGUCGUUACUCGAGUCGAAAAAAGGAGAACGACGAAGACGAAGAAGGAUUGAAGACUGAUCAGUGAUCUGUUCGUCCCAGAUAAUUUCGAUUUGUUUAUUUAAAUAUAAAAGAAGUGGAAGUAGAAGAAGAAGAAGAAGAAAAAACAAUAUAAAAUAUUUUCGUUUAAACGCAACCGACAAACGAUCAGCUCGUCGAUUAUGCAGCUGAAGAAAGCGAUGCUUAAGAUAUUCGACCAAUGUAAGUGCCUGCACUUGCGGAGCAUCGAGGAGCCGAGGAUGACGGCGGAGACGGCAGCUCCUUGUCUGCAGGGGGUGCAAGGGGUGCAGGGCGUUAUGGCGGCGGGUCAGGGUAUGUUGCAACAGGUGCAAGAUGGAAAAUCAACGGGAAGUUAUUACACCUCGACUACGACCGUAUACGAUCCGGAAUAUGCACGAAUGGAAGCCUGGUUGGACGAGCACCCUGACUUCGUCAACGAUUAUUUCCUCAGAAAGGUGACACGACAAACGGUAGACAUGUGGUUAGUGUCGCAUGCGACACCAACGUCCUCAUCGAGCAGUUGCAUAGAACUGUCUAGUCCAACACACGCCGGUGGUGGUUCAUCGUCAUCUGGUCGAGGUGCUUCAAGCGGUGGCUCUGGUGCUACCACCCCGGUCAGGAAGAUCUCUGCUCAUGAAUUUGAGCGGGGUGGUCUUUUGAAACCAAUCGUCAAUACGAUCGACGGUACACCCACGUUCCUCAGUGUUUCUUCAGGUGAUACUGAUCAAUCGAGUGGACAACCGGUUGGUUCAACUAAUUCUGCACGAACCCAAAGACGAUCUAGGCACGAGCUUAGGCAUCUCGACGAGAAGGAUCUCAUUUUCGAACUGGUCAAGGACAUUUGUAACGAGCUGGACGUAAGAUCAUUGUGUCACAAGAUCCUUCAAAACGUGAGCACUUUGCUUCACGCAGAUCGCGGUUCAUUGUUCCUGGUCCAAGGGGAAAGAGGUGGCGGACACAUACCAUUAUUGCAAAAUCACGAUACUAGCAUUAACAAUAACGAUAACAAUGGAAGUUCACGACGAUUCGGCAACCAAAAUUACGGUCAAUCCUAUUCGAGAAGUAGGUGUCUCGUUUCUAAACUCUUCGACGUUUGUUCGAGGUCAACCCUACUCGAGAUGGAAAAGAAAGACGAAAUCAAGAUUCCAUGGGGUACUGGGAUAGUUGGUUACGUUGCUGAAAGUGGAGAACCCGUCAACAUACCAGACGCUUAUAAGGAUUCGAGGUUUAAUCGAGAGAUCGAUGCACUUACGGGAUACAGAACGAGAGCAUUAUUGUGCAUGCCGAUCAAGGAUUGCAACGGUGACGUUGUCGGAGUUGCCCAGGUUAUCAACAAAUUAGGUGGAGAGGCACAAUUCACCGCGCAAGACGAAAAAAUAUUUGCCGGUUAUUUGCAAUUUUGCGGUAUCGGUUUGAGGAACGCUCAAUUAUACGAAAAGAGUCAAUUGGAAGUUAAAAGGAAUCAGGUGCUGUUGGAUCUAGCUAGAAUGAUCUUCGAGGAACAAAGUACGAUAGAACAUAUGGUCCUCAGAAUUUUAACCCACACGCAAUCUUUAAUUCAAUGCCAACGAGUACAGGUAUUAUUGGUUCAUAAGGCAUCGAAAGGAAGCUUUUCACGCGUCUUCGAUUUCGAGGCUAACGAUCUUACUGGCGAAGAUUCUGAUUCUCGUACGAGUUUACCAAAAAAAAAAAAAAAAAAAAAAAAGAAACAAUGUUUCAAGAUCCGAUAUAUAAAGUCUUUGUUAAAUCUAUUUCAAAUAAAUUUGAAUAAUUCGCGAAUAAAUGUGUUUAUUAUAAUAAAUCGUUUGUAUGAUAUAUUAUUUCAGACGGUCAGUAUACCAAAUGCUUACGAAGAUCCAAGAUUUGAUCCAUCGGUGGACGAAGGUACGGGUUUCCGACAUCGUACCAUUCUCUGCAUGCCCAUAAAGAAUUCAUCCGGGCAAAUAAUUGGGGUUAUACAAUUGAUCAACAAAUUCGAUGAUCUACAAUUUACGAAAAAUGACGAGAACUUUGUCGAGGCGUUCGCCAUUUUCUGCGGCAUGGGCAUACACAAUACGCACAUGUACGAGAAAGCUGUGGUAGCGAUGGCCAAACAAAGUGUAACCUUGGAAGUAUUGAGUUACCAUGCAUCGGCUUCUUUAGAGGAUGCUCAAAGACUGAGGGGAUUAAGAGUACCAUCCUCGGCGCAUUUUCAAUUACACGAUUUCAAAUUCGAUGACAUUUACAUGGAGGAUGACGAAACUCUAACAGCAUGUUUAAGAAUGUUUCUUGAUCUUGACUUUGUCGAACGUUUUCACAUUGAUUACGACGUAUUAUGUCGAUGGUUGCUAAGCGUUAAAAAAAAUUAUCGUAACGUAACUUAUCACAAUUGGCGACACGCCUUCAAUGUCGCACAAAUGAUGUUCGCAAUAUUAACAGCUACACAAUGGUGGAAGGUUUUCGGUGAAAUCGAAUGUCUGGCAUUGAUAAUUGCUUGUCUCUGUCACGAUCUUGAUCAUCGUGGUACUAACAAUUCAUUUCAAAUCAAGGCUUCCUCACCCUUGGCACAACUUUAUUCAACAUCAACGAUGGAACAUCAUCAUUUUGAUCAAUGUUUAAUGAUACUAAGCAGUCAGGGUAAUCAAAUAUUAUCUAAUCUAUCACCGGAAGAAUAUUCUCGAGUGGUAAAGGUUCUUGAGGAAGCUAUACUAUCGACGGAUCUUGCUGUAUAUUUUCGAAAAAGGGGAGCCUUUUUCAGUUUGGCACGAGGUGGCGGUUAUAAUUGGGCAUACGGUGAUCAUCGUGAACUUUUACGCGGCAUGCUGAUGACCGUAUGCGAUUUGGCGGCCAUUACGAAACCAUGGGAAGUUGAAAAAAGGGUUGCCGAAUUAGUUAGCAGCGAAUUUUUCGAACAGGGUGAUAUAGAAAGGCGAACGUUAAAUAUUACCCCUAUAGAUAUUAUGAAUAGGGAAAAAGAGGACCAAUUGCCGAUCAUGCAAGUUGGCUUCAUCGAUUCGAUUUGCCUUCCCAUUUAUGAGGCAUUCGCAAUACUUUCGGAAAAAUUGGAACCUUUGGUCGAAGGUGUGAGGAAUAACAAACGGCAUUGGAUCGAAAUCGCGGAAUCCAAAUGUUCGACAGAAAAUUGCACGAAUCACGAUAGGACGUCAACACCAUCCGAUGAUGAUAAUGAAGAGAUCAACGAACAGGCGGACCAAUAGUCAUUAAAAAAAAAAAUAUAUAUAUAUAUAUAUAUAUAUGUCAGUGUCCUAUGACUAAAAAAAAAAAAAAAAAGCUUCAUUUAAAAACGUUAUUGAUAAACGUAUUUCGAUUUCAAUCAAAUUGACAAGAGAGACGAAAAUGAAAAUUUCCAUUCGAAUAUAUAUAUAUAUAUGUAUGCGUUUAAAAUGUGAAAUUUUCAUUUCCAUUCGUCAUUCGCGCCCAACGUUUAGUUUUUCUUUUCUUAUUAUAUUAUUUUUUGUUCUUUCUUAUGUCAAAGUAUCUUUAUUCCUAUUACAUUCUAUUAUAUUAUAUUAUAUUACGAUUACUUUGUGACGUGAGUUAAAAAAAAAAAAAAAAGGAGAAAAAAAUAAUUUAAUAAGAAGAAAAGCGAACACGGAAUAUAUAUAAAAAAAAAGAAAAAACGGAAACAAAAUGAAAUAUAUGAAACAAUCGUUUACCACAUCGUCAUUCGUUGCAAUGAAGAAUUAUAAUGUUUAAUUAAUACAAAAUUAUACAAUAAUAAUAAUAAUAAUUGCACAACGUGUAUAAAGAUCGAUACGAUGUUAUAUAAUAUUGAUUGAUUAAUUUUAUUUAAUUUAAUUUAAUUUAAUUACAUUACAUGAUGAAAAACAAAAGAGUAUGUGGAAAAAUAAUUAAAUAAAUAAAUAAGAGAACGUUAGAUCUUCGUCCUCUCUUCGACAAAAGAGAAAAAAGAAAAGAAAAGAAAAGAAAGGAAAGGAAAAAAGGAAAAAGGGGAAGAAAGAAAAAGAAAAAAGAAAUAAGACAGAUCGAUCCUGAGAUAUGCUACUAUUGUACCUGACCCGUAUCGUACCUAUAUUAUACUAAUGACAAUAUUUCUACGUUCGAGAGAGGAUGGAGAAAAUGAUACGAGAAAUAUAAAAAUGAAAACAAACAAUAACUACAACAACAACAAUAAAAAGAACCGAAAGAAACAGAAAGCAACAUGAUUAACACACAAACGCGAGAUAGAUCAAUUUUUGUAUUAAAUACAAAUUAUAAAAAUCAUUUUCGAAAAAAGAAAAGAUAAA